AUGAGUGAUACUGAAACGAAGGAGGGCAAAUCAAUGCAGGAGGGUCAGGAUAUUCCAGUUAAGACAGAGGAUACAGUAAAGGAGAAAUUGGAAGAAGUAAAAGAGAAUGAAGACCCAGGGGUCCUAAAGAAGGAACCAGAUCGGUCUGUUCUUCAAGAGGACAAUCAGAACGCCCCAAAAGAUGAUGAACCUGAGGAAAAAAAUGAAGAAGUUGAUGAAGGCGAUGAAGGCAAUGACGAUGCUGCUGCUGCCGCUGAUGAUGAUGAUGACGAUGACGAUGAUGACGACGAUGACGACGACGAUGAUGACGAUGAGGAUGACUCAAAAAAUCAUAAGAAAAGGAAAGGUAAUAAGUUCUUGGAUGUUGAGGCAGAAGUUGACGAGGAUGAUGAAGAGGAGGAGGACGAUGAAGAGGCCGAGCUUUUGAAAAGAGAGUUUUUGGCUGAUGAUCAAACUGGUAUUGAUGAGGAGGAAGGUGCACCAACUCACAUAAAAUUGGAUAGAUCAAGAGAGAAGUUGGAUGAGCAAGAUGCUCAGGCAUUGGCUGAUCAGUUCAAGCAAAGGUAUGGUCGUUCUGGAUCAUCUCGUUACAUGGGCAGCGGUGCCAAAGUGUCACAGCGUUUACUACUACCAUCCGUUGAAGAUCCGUCUAUCUGGGGUGUUCAUGUGAGAACUGGUCGUGAAAAGGUUGUUGUCAAGCAGUUGUACGCACGUAUGUUUAAUAUGAAGGGCGUUGAAGGUGUAUACAGUGCCUUUCAAAGGGACGAUUUUGUUGGCUACGUUUAUGUUGAGGCUCGCAGAAUGGACGCCGUGGACAGAAUUCUUGCUGGUAUCCCUGGUAUCUACACCAGUACCGGUAAAGUUCUUGUUCCAAUCGAUGAGUAUCCGGAUUUGCUUCGUGCAGCUCAUUCCGAAGAUUUGCAACUAAAGCCGGGAAGUUAUAUUCGUGUGAAGUCCGGGAAAUACAAAGGAGACCUUGGUGUUGUCGACAACUUGGCCGAAAAUGACUUAGAGGUCCGUGUUAAACUUGUACCACGUCUUGACUACGGCCAUGGUGGUGCCAAUUCUGGCCGUUUUGGUCGUGGUGGUUAUCGCUCUGGUAUGGCAAGGCCUCCUCAGCGUCCAUUCUCGCAGUUGGAGGCAUCUCAACAUGAUCCGGAGCAUCUUACCACCGCUAGAAUUGAUAGGGAUUAUUUUGUCUACCGCAAUGAGGAAUAUAUUGGCGGUUUUCUAUUCAAGGAUAUCAAUAUCUCUCAUUUGGUAACCAAGGAUGUUAAACCAGCAUUGCGCGAAUUGACCUUGUUCAAUGGCAGUGGUGAUACCGAUGGUAUUGAUAUGCAGAAUGUUGCAAAGACAUUAAAAAAGAGUCGUGAUGCGGCCAUCACUUUCCAGCCGAACGAUAGGAUUAUUGUGACGAGCGGCGAGCAAACUGGAAUGCACGGUCGUGUUAUCAGUGCUGCACAGGAUAAAAUUGUCACUGUGGUUCUUGAAGACAAAUCUUUUGCUGAAGGCAAGCAGAUCACCGAAGAGGUUGAUGUUCCUAUUAAAGCGCUAAGAAAAGUGUUUCUACCUGGUGAUCAUGUUUCUGUGAUCCAUGGUGUUCAUUCGGGAGAAAGUGGUAUGAUUGUGCAGGUUCAGGACAAGCAAGUGACUCUCGUGUCCGACCAAACUGGCCAGGAUGUCACUGUUUUUCCCAACUAUUUGCAGCGGUCUAGUGAUUCUGCUGCUGUGUCAACGGAAUCUGGUGGCUUUGAGUUACACCAACUUGUUCGUUUGAACUCCGAAGAAGUUGGUUUAGUUUUAAAAACUGAGAUAGAGGCUCUUACUGUACUUCGCACAGAUGGUCGUGUCUUACGUGUUGAACCAGAGCAGGUUCAAUCUGCUGUGUAUGUUGAUAGAAUGACGGAAAAGGCCACCGAUCGUGCCGGUAGUGAGCUGAAAGUGGGCGAUGUCGUUAAGGAAGUUCACGGAGAGAAGAGGCAGGGAUUUGUGUUGCAUAUUUACAGAACCUGGGUUUUCAUCAAGUCGAGAACUUCGGUUGAAAAUACCGGUGUGUUCGUGGUUGACUCUGAUGCGGUUCAAACAGUUUCUACGAAAGGAUCUCUUGUUUCACAGGCAUUUAAAGUGCCAGAUUUGAGUAAAAUGAAUCCUAACAGAAUGGACGCCGCUGCGUCUGCUUCGAUGACGGCUAGCACUGCUAAGAUGGGUGGAAGGGAUCCCUCUUUGCACCAGUAUGUCAGUGUGAGAAAGGGUCCCUACAAGGGUAAAAAGGGUAUUGUUAAGGAUGCCAAUGGUGACGUCGCUCGUGUUGAGAUGCAUAAUCCUGCCAAGAUCAUUCCUAUUCAAAAGAUAGACUUGUUGUUUGAGGUGAGGCCAGGAAAUUACAUUCCUUACGAACAGUUUUCUGAAUCCAGAAGAGCUGGCAGAGGCGGCGGUUUUGGGGGUCGUGGCGGUCGUGGAGGUUUCCGUGGAGAAUCAGCACCGCGUGGUUUUGGAGGUGUUACUUCUCGUGGAGGAGCACGUUCCUUUGGAGGUCCUAGAGGAGGAAUGUCGCCACAGGUUGGUGCUGGUUCCGUUCCGGGAUUUGGUAGCCCUGCUGGUGCCACAUCUCCGAUGUGGUCUUCUGGGGGUAGCAGAACGCCAACAUGGACUUCAACAGGUGGUCCUCAUGGGGACAAGACCCCUGCAUGGGGUAGCGGUGGUAAAACACCAUCUUGGAGCAGUGGUGGAAGCCGAACUCCAGCCUGGGGAUCUGGUAAUGGUGGAAGUAAAACGCCAUCGUGGAAUGGCGGUAAGACACCGGCUUGGUCGGCUGGUUCUUCGGGAGGAUCGCGGUCUGCAUGGGGUGGAAAGACUGAGUAUGGUGGUAGUGGUGGUAAAACUGCAUAUGAAGGUGGUGGUCGUUCUGCUUGGCAGCCGGAUGAAAAUGCCUCUAAAGCUACUAAUGAUUGGGGCUCUACUCCUGCUGCUGGAGACUGGGAUGCACCGACGCCGGCUCCGGCUCCUAAGCAUGAGGAUGAUUAUGUUCCAGAAGAAUGA